CUGUUUGGAAAGUGUCCGUUGAUUGGACGAUUGGGCCGAACUGUCCAACGUGACGGCCCAGCUGCGGACAUGCGCUGUGAGCAGUCGCUGGCUGGCUGCUUCUCUGCGACUCCACCCCUCCUGCGGACGAAGGCAUGGCGAGCAUCGAGGCUAGAAGGGAGUGUGAGACAGAUGGCUGCGGCCAAGACGCCAAACUUCAGUGUCCCACAUGUAUCAAGCUUGGUAUUCAAGGCUCCUAUUUCUGUUCACAGGAAUGUUUCAAAGGGAGCUGGGUGUCUCACAAGUUGCUGCACAAAAAAGCAAAGGAGGACAAGAACCAGAAUGAAUCUAAGAACUGUGUGGAGAAUGACAUCAACACGGACCCAUGGCCGGGCUACCGCUACACAGGAAAACUACACCCUUACUACCCACUUACUCCCAUGAGGCCCGUGCCCGGUGACAUCCAACGACCUGACUAUGCUGAUCAUCCGAGAGGGAUAUCUGAGUCUGAGCAGUUUCUGAAGGGGACAUCACAGAUCAAGAUCCUUUGUCCUGAGGACAUUGAAGCCAUGAGAGUAGUGAGCAAGCUAGCACGGGAAGUCUUGGACAUUGCAGCCGUGUUAGUGAAACCAGGUGCAACAACAGAAGAAAUUGACCAUGCUGUGCAUCUGGCUUGCAUUGCAAGGAACUGUUACCCUUCCCCCCUCAACUACUACAACUUCCCCAAAUCCUGCUGCACGUCUGUCAAUGAAGUCAUCUGCCAUGGCAUCCCAGACAGAAGACCAUUACAAGAAGGAGAUAUCCUCAAUGUUGACAUUACAGUCUACCACAACGGUUUCCAUGGUGACCUCAACGAAACCUUCUAUAUUGGCGAAGUAGAUGAAGAAGCAAAGAAACUGGUUCAGACCACAUAUGAAUGCCUUAUGCAAGCCAUCGACUCCGUGAAGCCUGGCAUUCGCUACAGAGAAUUAGGUAACAUCAUUCAGAAGCACGCUCAGGCCAACGGCUUCUCGGUGGUGCGGAGCUACUGUGGUCACGGUAUCCAUAGACUUUUCCACACUGCUCCCAAUGUGCCACAUUAUGCCAAAAAUAAAGCAGUUGGAGUUAUGAAGCCUGGCCACGUGUUUACCAUUGAGCCCAUGAUAUGUGAAGGUGGCUGGCAAGACGAGACGUGGCCCGAUGGCUGGACGGCGGUGACGAGAGACGGGAAGCGCUCGGCUCAGUUCGAACACACCCUGCUGGUGACGGAGACCGGCUGCGAGAUCCUCACCCGCCGCCUGGAGGACAACGGUCGCGCUCAUUUCCUUAACCAAGUGUAGGCCAGACUUGAAAGCACCAAGGACUGGAUUUUCCAGACACGGACACCCAGCACCUCUGGGCCUCACACAUACGCACAGUCACUCUAGCACACACACUUACACAAACACAUACACACACACCUCAAACAAGAGGCACCACUUCUACAGCUCAGUUUAACUUGGGCUUUCAUUGUUCUUUGAAUCAAAUAUCGGUUCCUCAAAAUAAAUGGAAGUACUUGAAUGUGUCUUAUAUUAAACGUGGAUUGCUUUAUUAGUGAAAACUGUAUCCUCUGAAGGAAAAAUAUAAACAUUUGAGAUUUGGUUUUGCUUAGCGGUCAGGCUGGACAUCAGGCCUGUUUUGAACUCUAACUCAUGUCACCCAGAGAUUUUACUGACUGGCUAGUUGUCUGUGGUGUGUGGUGCUCAGGGCAAAUCCAACUGGUACACCAUGCUUUGUUUCUUUUCUCUCAACCUCUGCUAACAUAAUCAGACUUCAUAUGACUUUCCCAGAGAUGAACUGCAAAGAAUCGGCAAUAGUAGAGACAAUGGGAGGAAACGAGUCUCACAACCUUAACAACUAGCAACUCAAAACAUAUUUUUACAAAAGAAAUGUAAGUUUAGAUUUUAGGCAACAAAGAAAACUAUCAUCUAUCAGUUCUUAUCAGCUGUUGUACAACAGAAGCAGAGUUAGGCAUAGGCAUUUUAGAAGCAGUUGUUAUAUAUUUUAGGCUGUCCACAUAGUAGCUUUCUUAGCCAGAGUUAGAUGAGAAGAUCAAUAGUUCUUUGAUAUAAGAGUUAUAUUCAUCUUAUCAUCAAACUCUUGGCAAGAAUGCAAAAUUAGCCUAUUUCCAAAAUGUUUGGGAAAUUUCUGCACUGGUUUUGAAAGAUGUAUUGCUUCAUACUGGCCUGUUGGAUAGCUGAUCACAGUACCAGGGCAACUAUCACUGUCUUAUUUACUUGGUGACGUGUCCAGUAGAAGCACUCUUAACUCCUUAUAUACUAAACGUGGCUGUUAUUAGUGCAACGUCAGUUUUCCAGUUCAUUAUGUCUGCCAUGGUUGCUAGGAGAAUUAUGACGCGACCACAGAGCAUCUACAUAAAUAUUCAGAAUGAGAAGAAUGACAUUGAGCAUAAAAUCGUUCAAGUGCUGAGCUUGUUAAUCCUGCUUUGAGGAAUACUCUUUUAGUGUCCAAUAGCCCUGGUGUAGCAGCCUUAAUAUAUGAAUCUAGGAAUUAAAACAUGCUGGAUAUCUCGAAGCACGUUAACUGAUGUUUCCCCUUACGUCGACAGUCAUCAUUUACCUUGACGUGGGGAUUACCCUGGUGUGAGCAGCAGUCAUUCUUUCUAUUUGCAGAGGACUAAUGUGAUCACCGUUUCUCUGCCAUCUUUGUAUUUAUUCUAAUGGAGUAAUAAAUGAGUCUUCUGUA